CCCAGCCCUAAAAAAGGAGAGAAAUGAAUUGGUUCGGUAGGAGGUAUAGUCCAGACAGCACCUUAGCAGAAUGUUGCCCACCAGGUGAGCUCAGUUUUGCCAGGAAGCACUUGGGAAAGCAGUGAACAGAUGUCUGGAGCAGAUGGUGAGGGGAAGGUAGUGGGGGGAGGGAGAUUUAAACUGUCUGUCAGGUGAAAGGGACAGAAUGCAGCAGCCCUGGGGAUAAUAGCCAACUGCAGGCGGGUAGGUGUCCUGCUGAAUGCCCUGGAAAUCUGCAUCAGCAUAGGGAUUGCUUGCUGCUGCUUUGGCCCGGCAUUAGCACAGACAGUGUCUCACUAAAAUAUUUAAAUCCUCUUCCUGUGCUACAUUUCUGCACCACUACCGAGCUUCUGAGCACCUUCCUUUGCUGCAGCAGCUGCUGCAGUGAGAUCCAGGACUGGACUGGCAAAGGAGAGGGGAAAGGCACCGUACUGUGAUGAGUGAAUGACUAACUCCAAAAGCUUCCCCAGAGCCGGUGUGCGUGCGAGAGUCUCCAGAGGGACAGGGAAUCCGGAAGAGAAACUGGAGCCACACACAUCCUGGGAACCUUCCUUCGUCCAACUCUGCCCUGCACUGGCUGUAGUGCUCAGUGCUCCCUCGUCCCACUGAGACCUAGGCAGAGCUGCUGCAGCUGGCAGGUGAGCUGAAUUUGCUAGCGCUUUGUAAACUCCUACCUAGUGCAUGCAACCCACUCUCUCCUCUUGGCAGCUGCCCACACAGCUUUGGUUUGUCCUUUUUGGAGGAGGCAGAUCUCACUGUCCUGAUUUGUUUCUUUGCAGGGAGUCCUGGUUACUGAGAGGGAACCUGUGCCCUUUGCCUGGGGAAAGCGCUGUCAUGGGGACUGGAAUGAGCAAGGUUGUUGAGGGCCUCUACCUGGGAAACAUCCGGGAUUCUGAGGACAGAGAAAAUCUGACAAAGAACAGGGUCACCCACAUCCUGUCGGUGCAUAACAACGCCAGACCCCUUCUGGAGGAUAUGACCUACCUCUGUAUAUCAGUUUCAGAUUCGUCCAGUCAAAACCUGAUCCAGCAUUUUAAGGAGAGCAUCGGGUUCAUUCAUGAAUGCCGGCUCCAUGGGGGAGGCUGCCUCAUUCAUUGCCUGGCUGGUGUUUCCCGCAGCACCACCAUCCUGGUGGCUUACCUUAUGACUGUGACCGACCUCAGCUGGGAGGAGUGUCUGGCUGCCACCAAGGUUGUCCGUUCCUAUGUCAGUCCUAACUUUGGCUUCCAGCAGCAGCUGCAGGAGUACGAGAUGACUCUGCUCAAGGAGUACCGAGCCUGGGUUCGACAAGAGUAUGGCAAAAACCCAUUUAAUGACCAAGAAGAGCUACAGCGCUUAAUCACAGAGCAGGAAAAGAAACAGAGAGAACAGCAGCUUGGAAGCAGGGAGAAUCACUGGAUCAACUCCCCAACAUCCAAUUACCCGCUUCCCUUCAAUGCCUAUGGUACCAGCAGCAACAGAUGGAUGAACAGAUAAAAAAGGACAGCUAAUUCCACAGAGCUGCUAUCACUGUUGGAUGAAAGUCUCUGCAUUCAUCUUUCAAUGAGAAUUGCUUUGAUGUUUAUGGCUAGGGUGGAGAGCAAACUGAAUGCCAACUUCCAAAACAUGCUAUGUCAAGUAAUGUUAUCUAGUGGUUAGAGCCGAAGAUUGCAAUCCGGACUCCUGGGUUCUACUUCCAACUUUGCUACUGACUUAUAAUGUGAAACCAGGCAAAUCACUUGAUCUCCCCAUGCAUCAGUGUAACCAUCUCUCAGGGGUGUCGAGUGGCUUCACUUAUUAACGUUUGUGAGGGUGUUUUGAGACCCCCCGAUAAAAGAUCCUAUGGAAGCGAAUUUAUUAAUGUUACUGAGUUGGGUUGAACCUUUUCCUGUGAAACUUUUAGCACUAUUGCACACAUGGAGGGUGAGUUUUCUGCUUUGCAGAUGGAUCACGUUAUGAUCCAAGCUUGUUUUGUUGUAGGGCUGCACUGGAAUGACGGGCAUGCUCUCAGUUACAGACAAAGAACCAAAUUCACUGCAUGGGUAAUCAGGCAUCAAUCCACUGAAGUCAAGAGUUGCAGCUAUUUACUCCAUCAGUAGGUUUGGCCCGCAACUUGUUUUCAGGGUGUUUAGAAAACAACCAACCACCAUGUUUCAGUAAGAGGACGUGUGAUAGCUUUUGAAAGCUCUUUCUGCCUGCUGGGACUUCAUCUCCUUGGUCUCUUGUUUUCCUAUUAUUAUGGUGUGAUAAAUCCCACGAUCUCUUCAGUUGUUGGACACUGAGGGCCAAUACAGGGCCAGGAUGUCUGAAAACAGAGACAGCUGCUGCUCAAUACCACUCUCCAUUUUACUCCAUGCACAGUACAGCACAUAUACAGAUAUCACUCGCUGUCCUAGUCAUCAUCAGUUCAGAUUGACCUUACGCUACAGAUGUGCCUAUCAGAGCCUGAUGGGGCAUCUACCCAUCUCAGAAGAAGGAAACUUGGACUGCAGAGAGCCAGUUAGGGGUUGGGGGAAGGACGCUGGAGUAUUUUCACAUCCACAGCGCUCUGAGGUCCACAUGUGCAAUGACAGAACAGUUGCAAUCACAUUGCUGUCACUUUCUUCAGCAAGCAGACCCAUGCCUCUCACAAACAUGCCAUAGAGUCACAGAAACCGGAAAUGGAAAAGGCCCAUUAGCCCACCUUUUCCGCUCCCCCAGCCUUUGCGAACGUGCAUUCCCUAAUGCUUGGUGAAGCCCUGUUUUAAAUGACUCAAGCAAAGGGCUUCCACUGCUUGCUUGGGGCUGGAUUGCACAAUCCCUUGGCUUCAAUAGGACUGCUCGUGUAAGUAAAUUCUCACCAGCAUGUGUAAGGGUUGCAUUACCCAUUGCCUUGGGGGUACCUUGCAGUCUGGAAACUUUUCCUCUUGUCCAGAUUACGUUUUCUUGUGACCUGUUUCCUCCUAUUCCUCCUCACUGGACCACCCCAAAGAAGUCCUUUGUUUCCUGGGUGUCUCCACCCUUCAAAUCCAUGGCUCAGAACCCCUUGGAAAAUUCAUGAUCUUGGGCUCCUCACCUGUGUCCGAUACAUGAACUGUGCAAAAUCCUUUCUGAGCUGUGCUUUCUUUUAUAACUGUCAUUGUGAGGAUUUGAUCACAGAGGCCAACAUCAAAUCCAGUCUACAACAAAGGCUCCACACACAUUCUCAACUGGGGUAACUUGGUGUAGUUUCAUUAGCUUCUUACCCCAUCUCCCUCACAAUAUUUGUGUUGCUGUUGUUGACUGUUUUGACAUUCAACAACAAUUCAACAAGGGAAGCGUGCCGUGCUGCAGGCUGUGCGGCUUUCAGUGUGUGGGUAAAUAGAGUGUGUAGAUGGCAGAAGCUGUCAGCCAAGCCACUCAAUAUUCACAGAUUUUUUUUUUUUUUUACACACAGUUAGGGCCAGGUUCUCAUGUACACCAAGACCCCUUUGCAUAGCUCUCGCAGUACAAAGGGGCUUUAAAAUGAAAGGCAAUGUAGUAAAGUGGGGGAGAUUUGAGUUGGUUCUUACUACUUUUACAUUGCCGAAGUGGUGUGAAGUGAUGGUUAGUGCAAAUGAGAACCAGGCCCAACGCUAUUAAAAACUUUUAAAAAUCCAGGCGAGAACAAUGAUUGUAUUCAGACUUAGAGGACCUGAUCCUUCAGUCAAUAAUUCAGACAGAUACUUAAGGAGGUGACUAACUUUAAGCAACUGAGCAGUCCCACUGACUUAAAUCGACUACUCAUGUGUUUAAAGUUAGGCAUGGGGAAAAUACUUUGCUGAGUUGCAGAGUAUUCCUGAGUAAGGACUGCAGGAUCAGGAAUGAAGUACCCCUCAGUGUUUAUGAUCCUACAUAAGAUUAAGGGGAAAAUAGCAGGGACUAUUUUAUAGAAACCUUGCCCUAAAAUGUAACCAGCCUGUGUUUAUUAUUUGUUCUGUUUCAUUGCUAAAAAUACAGGCUACUAGUUUUAUGUAUUGACUUAAAACCCAGACAUAAUUUCCAUCCAUCCAUCCAUCCAUGAACGUAUAGGACCCUCACUAUUAUAGCAUCAGCAAUAUUUAAAACCUACAUGACUGAUUUUUGUCUUUCACUAAAAAAAUCCUGUAAAUAGCCUGCUUGGAUUCUCAAAAUUUUCUGUUAUCUGCUAUCCGUUUUUAGACAAAAAGUUGUUCAAAAUAUUUCUAAUAAUUCAGUUUAUGGUUGGUUCUGGAUGCUGGAAUGUUUUGAGUGUGACAAAACGGUGGAUGACUUGAGAGAUCUUUAACUGAACAUUAGAAUAAAAAUGAGAUUUAUUACA